CUAAGCUUGGUUUUAAACUUUACAUUAACGAAAAACAAUAGUGACGGACAUAAGACAGAUUUGAAAUUCUGCUUCGGAGAAAUGACCAAAGUCGGCGUUUCAUUUCGAAGACUGUCUUGUGGAUCGUAGUUGUUGGUAUCCUCGGGAUAUUUGGGGAAUAGCAAUAGUCCAUGGGAUCAGUCCGUACAAAAUUACCCUGCAGCGCUGGCGUGAAUCUACGAAUAGUGAAGCCUCACUUUUGACAUACAUAUGUCGAUGUUUGACGACACUUGUUGGUGAGAAAAAGAAAAACAAGCCCAGCCGAAUUCCGUGAUCUCUUUAGCGCUGCCAGCGCUGGCUGUCAGUCACUUAUCUCCAUAAGAAUUGGUGCUGUCAGUAGCGCCGUAAAUGAUUCAAGGAUUCAACAAAAUUGGUGUGACGUUGUGCAACCGGAGGUCGUGUUUCGUGUGCUCAAAUUCGGUGGACGCUCCGAACACUUCUGCGGAAGAUCGACACUAUGAGGAAGAAUGAGCUGGUUCGACGCAUCAGGAAUUGCCAGUUUGGCAAAGUCAGCCCUGAAAGAAGCUCAAAAGACAAUUGACAAAGCGCUGGACAUCAAGGAAGAAGAUCGAAGAAAGGUCGGUCCUUCUUUUGACAACGGUGACAACGCAGACUUCUUUGCAGAGUGGGGUAUAACAAAUGAGGACGGCCACGGAAUUGAACCCCAGCAAACAGCUGCAAUCUCUAAGGGACAGACCACCAUAAGCACUACAUGGGGUAGUUUUGCAGGGUCGUUCUUUCAAACUUCAGAUGCUGAUGAUAAGGUGCCUAAGAGCUUUACUGACAUCGAUCCAAAGCCAAACGCUGAUCGAUCAAAUUUACAAGCCACUACUCUAGACAUUCCAAGAAAUAUUCUCGCAACACCUUUGUCAAAUCACUCACACAAAUGGAAUAAUGACCCAACUUCCCCAAUUCAGUCACUUGCCGGUGAACAUGAAGUCGGUCCAAAUGCCGUGGGUAGCUCCAGUAGUUGUAGAGCGGAAAGGCGAUGUAGCGACAAUCAGCAGCUCCAUAAAAACCUCAACUCAAUGGACGCGGAUAGCGCAUUGCAACAUUCAAACACUUACGAGUCUUUCGAAGGAUUGGAGAGAUUAAUUGGCUUGGACGAAUCAAAUGAAGCUAUCAACGAAGAAGCAUUCAGCAAGAGUCAACUUGUCGUUGACCUGGAUGACGAAGGCAUUCACCGGGCCGACAGAGAUGAGGGUGGGCGGCACAUUGGAGUUGCAGGGAUCAAUGCAGAUGUUGAGACAUCAACAAAAACAGAAGCCAAUAGGGUGGUUCUGCAGCAAAGUGGCAAUAACAUCUCAGGUUUCGACGUCUCAAAACGGAAUGCCAUCAUCGGAAGAGCCGAGCCAAACACUGUCAGCUGUAUGACAAGCAGGUCAUCGAUUAUAUCUGCUGAAAGUGAUAUAAAGAGUUCUGAAAGCGUUGAGGUUCUAGGAUCGAGGUCUAGUCCGGAUACCGAGUGCACAACCACACCUGAGUCGGAAGCGUAUUCUGUCGGUGUCUCGACUGGGUCCAGAAUGAAUUCAGAUUCAGUUGAGAUAUUAGCUGACUGUAGUAGCCUCACGACUUCGCCGAGCUCUGUCGAGAUUUUGGGUGAAUGGAAAUGUACCGAUAGCUCUAUUAUAUCGCCAGUAGGAGUCGAAGAUACUAUUGCAUAUUCCAUGGACCUGAUAUUCGAUCGAGAAGCGACAAUGUCAAAUGCGCCAUAUCAUUUCGAGGGUACCUUGGAAGAGCGAUCUUCCGAGGACCCGCUAGGGACACUAUCUCACCAAUCACUUACGGCGGACAUGCCGCUAACAGCGACGAAUUUACCUUGUGCCGCCGCAUUUUGUCAGUUGGGUUUGCCUGCAAAGCAGACUCCCCUGGUUCAGGAUAACGAGCAAGCAUCUCCAGAUAGUAUCGAAUUGAUACCCGAAAUGGAUUGUUCAGAGGAGCCGAGUUUUGCCGAAGAAUCUUACACAUCGGCGUCCGAGAGCACGAUGCUUCUAACUGUAAUUGAGGGUACCGGCCAAGGCCAGUCGACAGAUCACAGCAGGCCAAGACCUACGGAACUUAUAGACAGUGGCUCAAAGAUGCACGGUUCUUGCCCAGGGCUGCAUCAAAGUGUAUCUGGCACAAACCUGGUCGACGCACAGAUAAAUCUCAGUCUUGACUCCUUGAAAGAAAAAUACAGUCAUCAUCUUUGCCUUGCUCUUGCUCCGAUAACGACUCAACCUUUCCGAAAGUCUGCCGAUGCCCUGGAAUUCGAGGUCCUUGAACCCAGUGCUGAUUCCUUUGGCAAUAACAUAAACAAACUUAUCAAAAACGAGUCUUCCGAUUGCCACAAUCAGGUGCCGUGCCAAGUUAUGCUGGUCCAUAAACAGUCACCGUCCAAAAGCAGUCGCGUGCAAAGUAGCUCUGUGGACGAUGCUACCUCACUCGCCCAGGUCGAGAUCAAAACUUUGGAUCCAGCCUUGUUGACCACAAGCUCUUAUGUGAAAAACAUGCUCGCUGAAGCCAUGGUUGAGAAGAUCGAAGCGAUUGAUUCCAUGGAAUCGCAUGCCCAGGUUGAAAGUGUUAGAGAUAACUCACCGAUUUCGUCUGAGAGUCGUUCAGACCUGGUCAAGAUUGGAUCUGACCAAACCAGUGGUCACACCAGCGGGGACGAGCUGGAAACUGCGACUUCCAGUGACAUUGAAAUAAUAUCCAGUCCCACUGGCGAUUCAAGUUCCACGCAGUCACGGCAGAGUCCUGCCAAAUUGCAGCAAGCCAAAAGCUCAGACCUACUCACCAAGAUGCUGAAUAAGACACGCGGCCAUUCGAGGGAACUCAGUCAGAUAAGCAUCGGUUCAGAUGAUGUCAAUGUUGAAAUUGAGAAACUGCUCAAGAAAAUACAGGAGAUGGGUGACGUUUUAGAAGCUAGAGAAUCGAAGCUUGUCGACAUCAGCCGUGUAAACAUGGAGCUCCACGAGCAUAAUGAAUCAUUGAAGAGUCAAUUGGACAGCAUUGAAAAAUGUGCUGAAGAAAACCGAGAACUCUGCCAGAUUACGGACGAAUAUACCCAACGAAUGUCGGCUUUAGAGAGGAAGUUUCAGCAAGCCAUUAGGGAGCGAGAUAUGGUGCGGAAGCAGAUGGAGUUGUUGAAACAUGAGGUCUCAUCGCGAAUCUCACCCCAGGAGUUUCUGUCGACUGACGCAGAAAAAGAUCAAAUUAUUAAAGAACUGCGGGAAGAAGGCGAGAAAUUGAGCAAACAGCAGCUGCAGCAUAGCAAUAUUAUAAAAAAGUUACGCUUGAAAGAGCGCGAAAACGAUAAUACCAUCAAGCAACAAAGCGCGCUGAUUGAAGAGCAGAAACUCGAAUUGGAAAGACUCAAGAGAUCAGUUCAAGCGAAGGAAGAUGUCGAACGCAGUCAGAUAGAUUUGGUUCAUGCGCUCACAGCAAAGACCAAUAGACAAGAAAAAGAAGUUUUGAUGCUGCAAGAAAAGUUGGAAGAAGCGUUGCAUAGGUCGGAUACCUAUAAACGAAGCCUGGAGGCGGCAAAAACAGAAUUGGUGGAAACGAAACAGCAGUUGACAUUUGUCAGAACUGAACUCAAAGAAGCUGUGGAAACUGCGGGGGAGUCAAUUCAACUUUCCGCACAAAUCCACGAAUUGAAAAUCAGAUUGAGACGCACUGAAGAAACCCAAGUUAGAAAAGAAGAAUCAUUGCGGCAAGAGAAUGCCGAACUACUUAAACAGUUGGAGACCUCUGAAGCCAGAAACGAAGCACUCGCUGAAUCCUUGUCAAUGGCAACAAAACCGCUCUCACGCCAGCUGGAACAAUUGCAAACUAAUUUAUCACAUAAAACUGCUAGCUUUCUAAAGCAGGAGAAGGCAAUGACAGAAGCGGCUAUGGAAUUGCAAAGAAAUUAUGAAGCUACCAUCGAGACCAACCAUUCCCUCAGGGAGGAAAAUCAAGUCAUCAAGGCUCGCCUAAGCAGCUUGGAAGCAAAGGUUAACACUGUAGAAAAUGAAAAAAUGAAGCUGACGGAGAUAUGUCAGCAACAAUGUUUGGAUAGUGCCAAACUGGCCAAGGAAAUUGAACAGCAGCGGCAUUCUCUAGCAAACAUUGAGCAGUCACAUGCGAACCAAGUAAAAGAAUUUCAGCGUGAAAUCAAUUCGUUGGAGAACAAAUUGUCUAUGGAGAAGGCAGCCACGGACGCAGAAAAGAGAAGAAACCAUGCGAUGACUGAUCAACAUGGGUUUGCCAUAGGGGAUGACGAGCCAAGACUCAGUCCAACGUCGAGUAUUGGAAGAGAUUCUAUAGGAAGCCUAAGCAGUGUGUGGCCCUCGUUUCACGAUUCAACCAUCGAGAGCGCUUCUGGACGUUUUGCAAAUGUGUAUGACAGCGUGCGUUCAAGUGCCAACAACAGCACAUCAAUGCUAGAAAAUCUUCAAUCGCAACUCAAACAAAGAGAUGGAGAGGUGCAACAGCUACAAUGGGAACUUUCGCGGCGAAACGUAGAGCGAGACGCCCUCAAUGAUGAGUUGUCAAAGCUAACAUUGAAAGUGGAAAACCUGAGUGGUCAACUUAGCAAAGUGAAAGAAUUGAACGAAAGCCUCGCUGACACUCGGACCAAGUAUGAUGCCUUGUUGCAAAUGUACGGGGAGAAGGUAGAAGAAAACGAAGAGUUGAGACUCGACUUGGUGGACGUUAAAGAAAUGUACAAAAGUCAGAUUGACCAGCUACUGAAGAGAGACGCUUCGUAGCUGCGUUGUAAUCAAUUAUUAACUGUACGCGGAUAGAAACGUAGAUUGAUUCUGCUCCGUUAGUAUUCUUUUGCACCGUCAAAAUUGAUAACGAAUAAUCUAUAUUCAUUAUGCGUCUGCAGAAUGUGUUGUAUCACAUAGAAUAGAUUAUUAACAGUAUAAAGACAUGGGUUACGCGACA